AUGAUGAGUAUCGGAAAACGUAAAUAUUUGUCUAUACAUGAUCCAUUAUCAUCAUCACCAACAAAAAAACGUUUUUUACAAUUUAUACCAUUUAAUCUAAAACCAACAUUAGUUCGAUCUGAUAUUUGUUAUCUUAGUCAAAUACCAAUUGAAAUACGUGAUUUAAUAUUAUUAAAAUUAUCACCACAUGAACUUCAUCAAUUAGCUAGUACGAGUAAUGAAUAUUUUUCUAUUGUAUUAAAUUUUCUACGAUCAUCAAUGGGUACUCAAUAUUUUAAAUUAAUAUUGAAAACAACACCUGAUCGUCGUCGAUCAGGAGCUUGGGAAAAUCUUGAUUUAUCUCAUAUUGGUCGAUUUUUUGGUGAAGCAACAAGACAUUGGUCUGAACGAGAAAUUGCUUGGGCAUUUUCUCAAUUAGAUUCACAUAUACAAUUAAAGAAAAAAAUUGAUCGUUUUUAUUCAUGUGAACAUGUCGGUAUUGAAAUUCAACUUGAACAUUCCAUACGUUUUUGUUUUCGUUUGGUUUAUUUUGAUUCAAUUCGAUUACAUGCACAUCGUGGUUGUUUAUUAAAUGUUAUUCUUUAUAAACAACCAAUUUGGUUUCAAGCUCGUCUUAUUUAUUUAUUAUUUGGACCUAUGUCAUUAAAUAAAAUUGAUUGGGAAAAAUUUUCACAUGAUCGAUUAAAUUCUUUUAUCUAUCCAAAUGUUGAUGAAGAACAAGCUUAUUUUGAUUUAAGUCGUGCUUUUAAUGUACUUAAUCGAUCAGUACAUGCUCAAAAAGCCUGGAAUAGUAAUAGUAAACUUGCUUUAUUAAAUGAACUUAUUGCACAACCACUUCCAUGGAAAUCUGAAUAUGUUGCUGAAUUAUUAUUCUAUUGUGGUAGAGAAUUAUUAACAAAUGUAUUAAUCGCUUUUGCUAUGAAAAAUUAUCAUAAAGAAUAUGCUCAAUUAAUUCAUUCAUUAUGUAUAGUUGCUCGUCAACGUAAAAUGUAUUAUGAAAUAAUUCAAACAGCUAUUGAAGAUUCAUUUGAACGUUGUACACUUGUUGCUCAACGAAAUUCAAUUAUUAUACAUUUACAAAAUGCAUUUCGUUGUAUGACAAGAAAUGUAAUUGCUGUUCUUGCUUCAUCAACAAUAACACAAACAGAUCAAUUACAUUAUUUACAACAACUUGAAGCAUUAGAUGCACAAAAAGCGUCACUAAUUUCAUUUCUUUUAACAAAUCAAUUUGAUCAAAAUAAUUAA